AAGAAUCUAGAGGAAAUAUGCAAGAUUUUUGAAGUUUUGUCUUAUGAGUAAAAUUAUCUAGAAUUCAAUUCCCAAUAACUCUAGAUUUGAUGAAAACUUAGAAUCAUUAAAAACCAAACUUUUUGAAUAACAAGAGAUUUUGUAAGUCAUUAAACAAUCAUCAAACCAAUAACACUAGAUUUUAGUAAGAAUCUUAGAAUCCACCAACCAAUAACAAUAGAAUUUGAAAAUUUCAAUAAUCACUACAAAUCCAUACCCCACUAACACCCCCUUAAGCACGUACAUACGGUAUACAAGUGGUAGUUCUCAUCAUCUUACGUACUCACUCUCAGUUGUAUAUUAUUUUAGGUUUAACACCAACCGAAAUGGCCUUCUACUAACGUAAUUAAUAUACUCGGGUUAACACCAACCGAAAUGACCUUCUACAUGUCAUGUUUCAUAAUAUAUGCUUGUGAACCCUAACGCUCGUACUUGUCUCGUCAUCGUCAUGGACACUCACCAUUUGGAUGAAGCUUUGGCCGCAAGUCACCUCUUUAGAUAUCAAUUUCAAAUUAUUAUUUUUCUCUUAGUAAUUGUUAUUUAAAAAAACACACAACAUAUGAAUUUUUAUUCUUCUAACUACUAAAAAUCGGGUAUGAUAUUUUGUAAAUUGUUGAGAUACUGAAUCUUCCGGAUUUGAAUCAUCAAAUAUAUAUGCAUGACAUUGUUCCUGCUAAAAAGAUGCAUAUACGAAAAAGCAGGGCCGUCUCAAUUUCUUUUUGGACCCUGUUCGAAAAGUAUUAAUAAUAUAUUUAAAAUAUAAUAAAUAGUUUUAGAAAUUAAUAGUUCUAUUUAUAUAUGUUUAACAAUUUUUUUAUAAAUUAUAAACUCUAAACUAGUCAAUACUAUAUCACAUUUUGAAGUUUUAAACUAUAAUUUAUGUAUAUAUUGUUGAAAGAUUCUUAAUUUUUUUUAUUUUUAUACUUGGACCCUGUUCGACUGCACCACUUGCGCGUGCUAUUAGACGGUCUUGUACGAAAGUAUAUAGAUCGAUUUUCCUCAUGAAAUAUUUUUCUUAUACUUUUUACCACUCUUAUUUAAAAAGUGAUAACUUGUAGAUUUGCAUAUCUAAUCUAUUAAUAGUCAUUAAUUUUUUUUUACUUAAAACAGAAGUCACAAUAUUUUUGUUUUCUACCAAUUUAUUAUUUAAUAUAAAUUAUAUGUUUCUUAUUUAUAUCUUAAUUUAUGUGAAAAAACAGUCUAAAUAAUUUAUAGUUUAAUAAUUCUACACCACUCAAAAAUAGCUGUUGGGAACAAGUAUUAGAAAAUAAUUAUCAUUUUAUAUAAAAAUAGACAAAUUAGGUUUGAAUAAAAAUCAUCAAACUAUAUUUACCACAACUUAUUAAUAAAAUACAAAAUUAAUAUUUCAAAACUUAUUUUUGUGGUCAAUCUUCAAAAUGUAAAAUUUUAAUUAAAAUAGAAAAUUGUUAAAUACCUUUAAAUCGACGUAAUCUUCCUCUUUCUUGUCCCAAAAAAAAAAUCUUCCUCUUUUUAUUUAUUUCCUUAUAUCGUGCAUUAUUUCUCAUUCUCAGUUCUCUCGCACCCUUUGGUAAAAAUAUAUAUAAAAUUUGACCUAUUUUAUAGCCUCCCCAUCUGUUAUAUUUUUGCUGCAUCUCUGGGUUCCUCAUUUACGCGUCCCUUCAUUAUAUUCUCUCUAAUGCAUUGCUUCACGAUUAAAAGCAAACCAAAGCUUUGAUUUUUAUGUAUAUUCAAGGGUAAAUGGUCAGCAAAGGUGAGAUCUUUUUAAUCAUUUCAUUACUAUUAUUUUAUCAUCAUUCUGUCGUCUGAGCUAUUUUUAAUAUACUAUCAUCGUUUUCCCUGUUGCUUCCCAUCGAAAUAUCUAUUCGUUGUCUGGUCAUAUAAACAGAGAGAGCUAAUGGGCUUCUUUGGAGAAAGUUGUUGUUGUGCAAUACGUUUUCUUAGAUGUAAUACAUCUGUUGUCAUCAUUACAUUAUACAUAUAUGUUCUUUCAAGUUUUAUUCAUUUGCAUCUAUGUGGCUAUAUCCUCUGCUGUGUAUCUUUUGGGUUUAGAUAUGUAGAAAGUCUCUAACUUUUUGUUUCAUUUAUAAGCAGGAAUGAUCUUGAAGUUCUUACCUUUUUGUUUUUUUUGGUGUGUAAGAAAUGGGAUCAAGCUCUAGUCUUAAGCAAGGUCCAGUACCAAUGGACAAUGUUCACAUUACACCUGAAGCAACCUAUGAAGCUGUGGUUGCAGAUCCUAAACUCUUCAUGGGUUCCUUGGAGAGGAUUCACUCUCAAUUGGGUACUAAAUUCAUGUAAGCUUCUUUUCUCCCUUAUCCUUUCUUGUGAGAGUAAAAGUUCAGUGGCUCUUAGAUAUGGCUGCAACAUUAUUAACUUCUUCACAUAUGCAUUUGUGAUUGAUUAUAGGGUUCCGAUUAUAGGAGGGAAAGAUUUGGACUUGCACAAGCUUUUCAUUGAGGUAACCUCUCGUGGUGGAAUUAUUAAGAUAAUUCAUGAAAGGAGAUGGAAAGAAGUAACAUCUAAGUUUGCCUUCCCUGCAACAGCAACAAACGCAUCAUAUGUCAUGCGCAAAUACUACUUCUCACUGCUUAAAAACUAUGAACAAAUCUAUUUCUUCACAUCUAAUAGCCACAUUCCUCCAGACUCUCUCCGGAACCAAUCCACUGUGAUGGGACUUGGAACCAUAAGACCUCCACAAGAACUUCAAGCUCCACAACCAAGGAUUGAUUUUGGAGGACAUUUAACUGGUCCAAAUGUGAUUGGAGUGAUCGAUGGAAAAUUCGAAGACGGUUACCUUGUAACUGUGACAAUGGGAACAAAGCAGCUUAGAGGAGUUCUCUAUGAACUUCUUCCUCAACAGAGUCAUUGUAGCUUCCCCAACACUAAUGCCAAUCCUCAAGUGGUUACUACAAAGCGUCGAAGGAGAAGAAAGAAGUCAGAGAUCAAAAGACGUGACCCUGCUCAUCCCAAACCCAACAGAAGCGGUUAUAACUUCUUCUUCUCCGAUCAGCACGCUAGGCUGAAGCCUCUUAACCCUGGUAAGGACAGGGAGAUCAGCAGGAUGAUUGGUGAGCUCUGGAACAAGCUCAACGAGCAAGAGAGAUUGGUUUACCAAGGGAAGGCGAUGGAGGACAAAGAGAGGUAUCUGAUUGAGAUGGAAGAGUAUAGAGAGAAGCUUAGGACAGGACAGCUGAUGAUAAGUAACGCUGUUCCAUUGCAGCAGAUGCUUCCUCCAGAGGUGAACUUAGAUAUGGCUGCUGAAGCUGAUCUUGUAAUAGAAGAAGAUGAAGAAGGUGAUUCAAGCGAUUGCUCAGGAGAAAGCGAGCCACGUGAUGAUGAUCGUGAACUGGAGGAGCCAGCUCUGAAUCGUUUAGGUCUAAACCUUAACUCUAAUAGGACUGCUAUAGUGGUGGGCGAUGUUGUGAUGGAAACAUGUCCGAGUAAGAAACCUGAAGAGCCAGAGUGUGGUGGUGGCUGCUGCUGAGCAGAAGUGAAGAUUUUCUCUUGUUUCGUUUUCUAGUUGCUACUCUCUUUUUUUUGGUAUUACACAGCCACAGGUACAAGGAGGUUAGGGUUUCAUAUGGUUACUUGUGGUAUAAGACAACUCUUUUACUCUUGGUACUGAUUAAUAUGUUUUGAUUUCUUCUGCAACAAGACAUGUUUAGGAGUGAUUUUUUUUAACAUUUUUGUUGGUCUUUUAUGCUAAAAUCUUGUUUUGUUACA